GUUCCAGCUCCAUGGCUGUUGGCCGCCAUCUUUGUUGGCAGUUAAUUUGCAUAUCUUGCUGAUUAGCCAAUGGGAGGCAUAGCGAAGGUAUGGUCAGUUACCAUGUUUGUCUAUUAUUAGGUAAGAAGAUGCUUCCUGAUCUUUGUUUGUCUGAUAUGGCACCAUGAUAGAUUCAGGCUCUGCCUUACCAGUGAGCAGUAUGUAAGUGCUGUGUCCUUAGAGAUCAUGUUCAUUUUGACCACUUGUUUAUGGAAUUAUUGAGUUUCUCCACGUAUAGCUACUAUUUUUCCUUUUAUAAGUAUUUUUAAGGAGGUAGAUUAUGUAUACAUCUUUAUUUUCCAUUAUUAUGAAAGCAAUUAGAAUGCUAGAAAAUACAGAUGAACACAAAGAAAACACUUGAGUAUUAAACUUCCAGUUCCUUAUGGAUGCAUAGAUAAGACAUGGUUUGCUAUGUAACUUGUUUUUCUCAUCUAACAAUAUCAGGUAAGCAUCUCACUGAGCCUUUCUUCACUCACAAGUAUACGCAAAUGAGACAGACAUGGCAGCUGGGAGCAUGGGUCUCAGACAGAUCAUGCAGGAAGUUACAUACAACCAAAAGGAGUUAAGGGUGUGAUCAGAGCGUAGUGCAUGAAAUAUAUGAAGUCAUGAAUGUUAAGUUGGAAAAUUUUCUAUUUCUGAUUGAAGCCAGGACACAUUGAUUAAGCCAAACCUCACUAUUUGGGGAAUAAUUAUUUAUAGGCAUAUAAUCCAUCCAAGUUAUUCUAACAACCUGACCCCUCACUUUUGAGUAGUACGGGAAAUACCUAGAAAACUUAGAAUUCUGACAGCUUUCAUUCAUAUUCUCCAUCCGUAUUGGUUUUAUAGGACAAGGCAGCAUUGAGCCUUUGCCACCCCUGGCUGGAACCCCUCCCUCAGGCGCUAGCUGGAGGCCGUGCCCCCUCCCCCCCUUUUUUUUUCUAGAAAAAGUUCUUAGUGUCAGUCUGGAAGUCUGGUACCCAUACUUUGGUUAGAAGCUGAAUUUUGAUGUGAAAAUGUCUCAUCAGAACUUUGGAAGCCCCCUGAGGACAAAAGCCAUGUUUUCUCUCUCAUUAAAAUACUCAAUAAAUGAUGAUGUCAGACUAAGGAUUUCUUUGACUCCGUUCCCCCCCACAUCCCAAGUUUAUUGGGAUAAUAUUGGUUAGUAACAUAAAUUUCAGGUGUACACCUUUAUAAAACAUCUGUAUUGUGUGCUCAACACAGAAGCCCAGUCUCCUUCUGUCACCAUAUAUUUACCCUCUCAUCCUCCCCCACCUCACUUCCCCUUUGGUAACCACCACCAAUCUGUCGGCGUUGACUCCGUUUUAAUCUGAUUUGAGGAUGGCUCUGGACAGCUUCCAAGAGUUGUUCUUAAUAGUGGUGAGAAAAUUAAAAUACUUCAGUUUCUAAGCACCUGGGAAGUAUAGUUUUCCCUGUGCAUUGAGCGGAAAUUCCUUUCUGAGCCACAUCAAUAACCUUAGACAAAGGUGUACCCCCAGACCUGCCAAAAUGGAGCAAAUCCAGUAAUUGCUAAACCUGGUAAUUAGGUACCCACUGAAGGGUAGGCAGAAUUAAUUUUAGCAAAAAGUAUUUAAUAAAAUAUUUUCAUUACAAAGCCUGAGCUGGGCUGACUAAAAUCUAAUUCCUGGUGUGUGGGAACCAAGCAGUAUAGCUCCACAUCCCUGAAAACCUGGGUUGCAGCAGCUAGAGAAGGUGCUAUAAGUUUCUGGUGGGGAAGGGAAGCUCCCCCGAGGGAUUAUGGGCUUUGGGGCAGCUGUGCCUGCUAGUCAUCCUGGGGAAGACCAAAUUCCAUACUGACCUUGCGUCUCCCACAAGUUCAUCAACCUGGGCAUUCACUGAAGGGGAAACGUGGCUUGCUGGGUGUAAUUCUAAUUUCGCUGCCUCUGGCUCUGCAGCUCCUUUUCCGGACCCCUUUUUAGGGCGCUGGUUUUCACCCAGGCCCUGGCCAGCAGCGAUCCCCGUGUUCUCCGUUCCACCCGCUUCCACACCCUGGGCUCCCGGAGCGCCAACGCCCAGCCAGGGCGGGUAAUAAUCGCAGCGAACGGCAGGGGGCGCCCGCAUUCGGCUGCGCAGGGUCUGCGCGCGCGGCGUCCUGCAGGGGGCGCUCUCGCGCCGGACGCCGAGCGGGGAAAGCGAGUCAGGUCCCGCACGUCCGCGACCCGACCCGUGACCAGAGCGCCGCGGCCCGGCCCUUCCGGACGGUUGUGGUCAGUUUAUAAGGAGCGCGCCCGCCCGGCCGCUGAGGUCGUGGUCGUUCGCAUCCUCCGCGCGCGUCCUCGCCCCGCCCCGCCCCGCCCCCAGGUGAGCCGGCCCCAGGCUGCCUUGGAGAGUUCGUUGGAUCUGUUGGCGCCCACAGAGUGUGGUCCUAGGGGCUGAAAUUUCAUCAACAUCUUGGAUCUUUUUUAGUCUAGAUUUGGCAUUCUACACUGCGGUCAUCAUGAAGGUUUUCCGAGUCCUGAUGAAAAAUAAGGAACUUAUUCCUUUGGCGUUGAUCAUAACGGCGGCAGCGAGCGGAGCGUCAUCUUUUGCUGUCUAUUCCCUUAAUAAAAAACCCGAUGUGAUCAUUGAUCGAAAAAGAAAUCCAGAGCCUUGGGAAAAUGUGGAUCCCAAUGUACCUGGAAAGCUUAUAACAGUCAACCAACAAUGGAAACCCAUUGAAGAGUUGCAGAAGGUCCGAAGGGCAACCAGAUGAGCAGUCCUGGCCUCUUUCUUCCAUAGAGUGCCCUAUGAAUCUAGCGGAAACACUUCUCACAAUCUAGAUUAUGGAUCCAGUGUGCGGAAAUGCUUCUGCUACAUUUCUAGGGCUUGCCUACAUUUUUGACUCUGAAUAAGGAAUUAUAAAGUUGGCGCAGCAAUAACCACAGUCUAAAAAUAAAUUUCUUGUUGUAAAUUUGAA